AAAAGAAAGAGAACAUUGAUCUUAAUUAACUUUCUUAAGAGUCAAAAAAUUAUCAUGGGUGUUAUCACUUCAGAAAGCGAGUAUGUUUCCUCUCUCUCUGCUGAAAAACUAUACAGAGGCAUUGUCGAAGAUGGAAACAUCAUCUACCCCAAAGCUUUACCACGAUUCAUCGAGAAAGCAGAAACUCUUGAAGGAGAUGGUGGCCCAGGAACCAUUAAGAAAUUAACUUUUGUUGGAGAUUUUGGGUCUACGAAGCAACACAUAGAUAUGGUUGACAGAGAAAACUGUGCGUACACUUACAGUGUAUAUGAAGGUAUUGCUUUGUCAGAUCAACCUCUAGAGAAAAUAGUUUUUGAGUUCAAAUUGGUUCCAACCCCUGAGGAAGGAUGCAUUGUGAAGUCAACAACCAAAUACUAUACCAAAGGUGAUGAUAUUGAACUCAGUAAAGAUUAUUUGGAAGCUGGAAUAGAGAGAUUUGAAGGUUUCACAAAGGCAGUUGAGAGUUUCCUUUUGGCUAAUCCUGAUUACAACAAAGACAGCAACUAAUUCAGACAGUGUUAUGUUAUUAUUAUAUAAUAUGAUCCAUUGAUCCCUUUGUCUUGCUUUAUAUUCCAAUAAUAAAACAUUUCAAUUUGCAUCGUGAGAAUAUUACAUACGGUGUUCGUUUCUUUCA